GUUGCCAUGUGGCAUCAACAAGUAUUUGCUCUGGAUGCUAAAUACAAUGCUCAACGUGUAAACAAAUUGCCUACUUUAGGUAUGCUUUAUAUUCGUCGUAGAAAUCAGUUGUUAAAAGAAAAGUUUAGCAAAGACCCAAAAAUUCGUGAACAUUAUUUAAAACUAAGAGCAAAACUGUUAUUUUUACGAUAUGGCGAAAAUUUGGAACAAAAUAGCUUUAAUAGUCACAUAACUGGGGAAGAAAAAUCAGAAAUUAAAACAAAACUUCAUAGUAUUCAUCGCAAAUCAAUAGCAGAAAGUUUUGCUUUCGAUGGUGUACAUCAUGUUUUUGAUCAACACAAUGCACCUGUAAUAAUGCUUAAAUUUGCAAAUAAUGAUAGAUCAAAGUUAUGCUGUGCAUCAUUAGAUGGAUUAUUAUCUAUAUGUGAUGCUAUUAAUACACCACCAAAAGUGAUAGCUUUAUUGAAAGGUCAUAAAAAAGGUGUUACUGCAUUAGACUGGAGUAUCAGUAAUGAUCUCAUAGUUUCAUCUUCUUUGGAUGGUACCAUAAGACUUUGGAAUGUCCUGGACACUGAAAAUAACUCAACUUGUUUACGAGUAGUUAAUGAUCAACAACGAGCAGAAGUUUUAUGUUGUGCAUUUAUACCUAUAAAUAAUAACUUAAUUAUUGCUGGUAAUUCUCAAGGACUUGUACAAAUUUUAAAUAUAUCUACUGGUAUAUAUACUCGUGGUGGUUCAUGCAAAAUUGGUGGAAAAAUUUUGUCAUUAACUUGUGAGGGUAGUGGUGGUUUAGUAAUAUGGGUUGGAAAUGAUAGAGGAAUUAUCAUGUCAUUUCAAUUGGAGCCAGGAUCGGGAAAAUUAACAAAAUUAAGAAGAGUACAAGAAACUAAUGGAAUGAUAACGAGUCUUUCUUGGCGUUCAUGGCUUUCAAAAGAUGCUCCAUGGCCAGCACUUUUAGUGAGCAGUGCUUGUAAUGUUGUACUGUUGUAUCAUAUUGUUGACAACCAGGGUUCCUUAUCUCUUUGGACGAAAUAUCCAAUAAAACAUAAACAAUAUUUCGUGAGGUCUACUUUCUGCCCACAAAUGGAAACAUGUUUAAUAGCCACCGGUUCCGAGGAUGGUACAAUACAUCUUUUAGAUUCUGCGAGAGAAGGCAAAGCAGCAAAAAUUAAUCGACUUCAGGGUCAUGCAACACCAACACUUGCUUUAUCUUUCAAUUAUGAUGAAUCUCUUCUUGCAUCUGCGGAUCAUCAAGGACUUAUUAUUUUAUGGCGUAAUCGUCAACGUCACAUAUAA